UAAAUGCCUCAUUCAGCGGAAAGGAGCUUCUGAAGACCUUUAAGCACAAAAUUUCUAUAGUUCAAAUGGCUGGAGAAAUACCAUUCAACAAUUCCCUCCAAACGACUGUCAUCAUAUUCAUCAGAUAUGUGAACUGGAUUUAUAUCAUUAAGUUCUUAAUCCUUGGCAAUCUCGUCUCCCAGCUGCAUGAUUGUUCAUAUUGCAGUUACAUAUGGAGAAAACUCAGUACAUGAUUGUUUCAUUACAAUCCCUUAUCACCACAAUGAGAUUAUUCAUGGAACAUUGUUUGUUUACUCUUCAUAUUCAUUGUGGACUCUGAUUAUCAUUUGUCAUGUUAUUGUCUUCUCAGACAGAUGAAUCAAACAAGAAUUCAAGCUCUGCAACCAUAUCUUAUUACUGGAAUGAUCAAACGGCCAUGAACCGAGCAGCAUCAGAAUUUCUUAUAAACAAGAACUCGCCCAGCAUUAUAGUGUGGGGGCAACUGACUGACAACUUGAUAUUCAAAAACAUGGACUCUAUAUCUUGUUGCGAGUCUGACUCAGACAAACUAACUCGGCAUGUUUCCUUGAAAAAAACAAGAACUUGGCAUCAAAAACAAUGAAUUCAGCAGCAUAUAUCUUAUUGUUGGAGUAAUUCAGCAGGAAAUCAACAUAGAACCACAAACUCACAAUCUUAACAGACUGAAGGGUUAAGCAAAUGACUCAGCAAUGUAGAACAUGAAAUCAGCAUCAAUAAUCUAUCGUCCGAUCACUCGCUGUGACUGAGGUAAUCUUUCGGAUUAUCCUUUUUUUCAUUUCAUAAUAUGAAAAGAGCACCAUCAGAAGCUUCUUCAGAAACAAACUCACUCAGCAUUAUAGUAUCUUAUUUGUGAGAGCUAUCAAACAACUUGGGAUUAAAAAAAAACUGAACUCAGCAUCAAUAUCUUACAAGAGCAGGAUUCAGACAAGAACCCCAGCAUCUUUUUGAGAAAGAACAAGAACUUGGCAUCUAAAACCAGUGAGCUCAGCAGCAUGUACCCAACUGUUGGAGUAAUCAAACAAGAAGUCGAUAUCAAAAUCCACUAACUCAGGAGAUUAACGGCAUGAAGUCACCUUCAGUAGUUUACUGUCUGAUUACUCAACAAACUUGUUGCGAAUCAGCAUCAGCCAAGAAAACUAGUUCUCGAUGGCCACAUCCGCAAAAAGAAACACAAAAAAAGGGCUGUACAACACACAAAACUAAAAUAUUUGGACCUCGAUGCAAAAUUGUCCUGCACGGCGUCCUGCAUGAACAGUACGGCCGGAUUACUUCGCUCGUCUCAUUCUGCGCGAGAACAAGAGGCAGAGCACAUCAGCAUCGACAAGAAACGCUUCUCCAUCUCCUUCCCAAAUUGCCAUCCAUUAUUUAUACUCCCUCCCCCUCUCGCUUCUCCUAUGCCUUACUCUUUGCAGGUGGUCGCCGCGGCUCCAUGGCGAACGAGCUCCCGAGGACCGGUAGUAGCCGGAGCUCGGCCGACAGCUUCCGGGACGCCUCCGGCGUCUUCCUCAAAAGCGAAGCAAGCGACGACGAGGAGGACCUGCGACAGGCGGCACUGGAGAAGCUGCCGGCCAACGGCCGCGCGCGGAAGGGGGUCGUGCGGCCGGACGUGGCGGAUUUCAGCGGUGAGGUUGAACUCCGGCGCCUCGGACUCCACGAGAAGAAGCUUCUGCUGGAGAAAAUCUUCAAGGUGGUGGAGGAGGACAACGAGCGGUUCCUCAAGCGCCUCCGAGAACGAAUCGACCGGGUGGGAUUGGAACUUCCGAAAAUUGAGGUUCGAUACCAGAAUCUGUCACUGGAGGCAGAUGUUUAUGUUGGUAGCAGAGCUCUUCCUUCCCUGUGGAAUACCACCCUGAACAUCUUAGAGGGUUUUUUUGGUCUUCUGCAACUCUCUCCAUCCAAGAAAAGGACUAUAAAUAUUCUUGACAAUGUCAGUGGGAUACUGAAGCCGUCAAGGAUGACUUUGCUUCUUGGACCUCCAGCAUCAGGGAAGACAACACUCUUGCUUGCACUAUCUGGGAAACUUGAUAAUUCUCUUAGGAAAUCAGGUAGAAUUACAUAUUGUGGCCAUGAACUAUCAGAAUUUGUUCCCCAGAGAACUUGUGCAUAUAUCAGUCAAUUAGACCUUCACAAUGGAGAGAUGACAGUUCGAGAAACCCUUGACUUCUCUGGACGGUGUUUGGGUGUGGGUACAAGGUAUGAGAUGUUGUCAGAAUUGUCAAGACGGGAGAGAUAUGCUGGAAUUAAGCCAGACCCUGAAAUUGAUGCUUUCAUGAGGGCUACAUCAAUCAAGGGGCAGAAAACCAGUAUAGCAACAGAUUAUAUCCUGAAGGUACUUGGUCUGGAUAUUUGUGCAGACAUCCUUGUUGGUGAUGAAAUGAGAAGAGGCAUCUCUGGGGGACAAAAAAAGCGAAUGACCACUGGAGAGAUGUUGAUUGGUCCUGCAAGAGCAUUGUUCAUGGAUGAAAUAUCUACUGGACUUGACAGCUCUACCACUUUUCAGAUAGUCAAGUUCAUCAGACAAAUGGUUCAUGUCCUUGAUGGAACAGUGUUGAUCUCUCUUCUACAACCUGCACCUGAGACAUUUGAACUUUUUGAUGAUGUUAUAUUACUUUCUGAGGGCCAAAUCAUAUACCAAGGUCCUCGAGAGAAUGUUCUUGAGUUCUUUGGAUCUCUUGGUUUCAAAUGUCCUGAAAGGAAAGGGGUUGCAGAUUUUCUUCAAGAGGUAACUUCAAGAAAGGAUCAAGAACAGUACUGGUAUAUCAAGGACCAACGUUACCGUUAUAUUUCAGUUUCAGAGUUUGUGCAGCAUUUUAAAUCAUUUCAUGUUGGAAAACGGCUUUCAGAGGACCUAGUUGUUCCUUUUGAUAGAAGGAAAGCACAUCGUGCUGCACUCACUAGAGAAAAAUAUGGCAUUUCUAAAUGGGAACUUCUCAAGGCUUGCUUGUCAAGAGAAUGGUUGCUAAUGAAACGCAACUCAUUUCUCUAUGUUUUCAAAACUACCCAAAUAACCAUACUUUCAUUGAUAGCCAUGACUGUGUUUCUAAGAACCACAAUGCAUCAUAACACAAUUGCCGAUGGUGACAAGUUCUAUGGCUCAUUGUUUUACAGUUUGGUCAAUGUGAUGUUUAAUGGGAUGGCAGAUAUAUCAAUGACCAUCUACAAGUUGCCAGUUUUCUAUAGACAAAGAGAUUUCUUAUUUUUCCCACCAUGGGCUUUUGGAUUGUCAUAUUGGCUCCUGAAGAUUCCUCUAUCCUUGUUGGAAUCUGGAAUCUGGAUUAUCCUGACAUACUACUCAAUUGGUUUUGCUCCCUCCGUCGGACGUUUCUUCCGUCAGUUCCUAGCACUUUUCCUUGUACACCAAGUGUCUCUCUCUCUUUUCCGCUUUAUUGCCGCAGCUGGAAGAACUAUGGUUAUGGCCAAUACAUUUGGAACAUUUGCUCUACUUAUUGUGUUUGUUCUAGGAGGAUUCGUCGUCUCUAAAGAUGAUAUCAAGCCUUGGUGGAUCUGGGGUUACUGGAGUUCUCCGAUGAUGUAUGGGCAAAAUGCAAUAGCUAUUAAUGAGUUCCUUGACAAUAGAUGGAACACUCCAAACAAUGACACCAAUGUCAAUGCACCAACAAUAGGAACAGCCAUUCUAAAAUCUCGAGGACUGUUUGUUGAUGGUUAUUGGUAUUGGAUUUCUAUCGGAGCCCUUGUAGGCUUUGCCCUUCUCUUCAAUAUGUUGUUUAUACUUUCACUUACCUUUUUGAACCCUAUUGGAAGUUCUCAACAUUUUGUCAUUGAUGAGGAAUCAGAAAGUAACAAAAGACAGAAUUUGUUAGCAGAGAGAGACCAGAGUUUUGAACUGAUAGGAAGUAGCUGGAAAUCUGCUACACCUGAUUUAGAAGCUGCUGGUCGAAGAAACAGCUUGGAGAUUGAGAGUUUCAAUUCUUCAGUUCAUCCAGCUAGGAGGGGAAUGGUGCUGCCUUUUCAGCCACUUUCUCUUGCUUUCAGACAUUUGAACUACCAUGUUGAUAUGCCUGCAGAAAUGAAGAACCAAGGAGUCAAGGAAGAUCAUCUCCAAUUGCUAUCUAAUGUAAGUGGUGCAUUGAGGCCUGGAGUGCUGACAGCAUUGGUUGGAGUAAGUGGAGCAGGAAAGACUACCUUAAUGGAUGUUCUGGCAGGAAGAAAAACUGGUGGUUAUAUUAAAGGCCGUAUCAGCAUUUCUGGCUAUCCUAAAAAGCAAGAGACAUUUGCUCGGAUUAGUGGUUACUGUGAACAAAAUGACAUCCACUCACCUUAUGUGACUGUUUAUGAAUCGCUUGUAUACUCUGCUUGGCUGCGUCUUGCCCCCGAAAUAGACAAGGAAAUACGAGAGAUGUUUGUGGAGGAGGUCAUGGAGUUAGUUGAACUGGAUGUAAUGAGAGAUGCUUUGGUUGGAGUUCCGGGGAUUGACGGUUUAUCAACAGAGCAGAGAAAAAGACUCACAAUUGCUGUUGAGCUGGUCGCAAAUCCAUCCAUUAUUUUCAUGGACGAGCCAACAUCAGGUCUAGAUGCUAGAGCUGCAGCCAUAGUCAUGCGGACAGUGAGAAACACAGUGAACACUGGACGAACUGUUGUUUGUACAAUCCACCAACCAAGCAUAGACAUAUUUGAAUCUUUCGACGAGCUACUUUUGAUGAAGAGGGGAGGUCAAAUUAUAUAUGCUGGAGCAAUUGGGCAUCACUCUCGCAAGGUUAUAGAAUACUUUCAAGCAGUUCCUGGGGUUCCUAAGAUUAAUGAAGGCUAUAACCCGGCAACAUGGAUGCUGGAAGUAACUUCUCCUUCAGUUGAAGAUAGCAUUAAUGUGGAUUUUGCUCAAGUAUACGCUCACUCCUCUCUUUGCCGGAAAAAUAAACAAAUUAUCAAGGCACUGUUUGUUCCUUCAGUGGAUUCAGAGGACUUACAUUUUCCAACGAAAUAUGCCCAGAGUUUUGGUACUCAAUGCAUAGCUUGUUGUUGGAAACACUACUGGUCAUAUUGGAGAAACCCACAAUAUAAUGGUGUCCGGUUCUUCAUUACAAUAGUCAUCGGCCUUAUUUUUGGCACCAUGUUUUGGCAAAAGGGUGACAAUAUAAACAAGGAACAAGAUGUUUUGGAUCUAGUUGGAGCUAUAUAUGCUGCUAUUUUCUUUCUUGGAGCCACCAAUGCUAUGACAGUGCAACCAGUUGUGGGUAUUGAAAGGACUGUCUUUUAUCGUGAACGAGCAGCAGGGAUGUAUUCGGCCCUGGCUUAUGCGUUUGCUCAAGUUGCCGUCGAGAUGGUAUACGUACUGGCACAGGGGCUGAUCUACACCCUGCUCCUCUUCCCCAUGAUUGGCUUUGGCUGGCACACAAGCAACUUCCUUUGGUUCUUAUUCUUCAUUAUAGCAUGUUUUUCCUACUUCAUUCUCUAUGGUAUGAUGGUGGUAGCACUCACACCUAACCACCAAGUCGCGGCAAUCCUCUCAAGUUUCUUCUACACCUUCUGGAAUUUGUACGCAGGCUUCCUAAUCACCCGACCGUCAAUGCCUGUAUGGUGGAGGUGGUAUUGCUGGGGUGACCCUGUAGCUUGGACGAUAUAUGGUCUUGUGGCAUCCCAACUUGGACAGAACGACAAAUCGAUUGAGAUCCCCGGAGAAAGCAAUGUUACAGUGAAGCAAUUCCUGAAACACUACUUUGGAUAUCAACAUAGUUUCCUUGCCUAUGUGGCUUUGGCUCACUUGGCUUUCGUCGUCCUCUUCUUCUUCCUCUUUGUUUACUGUAUCAAGUACCUCAACUUCCAGAAAAGAUGAGAAAAGUAAGAAAUCGUCGGGGCACAUUUGGAAUUAACAUAUUACUCUGAUAAAUGGGAGGAGAGGAUACAUCAGUAUUUUCAUACCCAUAACCCUUGCUGAAUUUACCAAAGAAGAAAAUGAUGUAUUUGGCACUCUGGAUGAUUCAUCAAGAAGAGUUCUGCUUGUUGCUUUUUUCUUGUGCUUAUUUUACGUCAGGAGGUUGUUGUUUUGCGGGUGUAACUUUUGUAAGUUUGUGGUGUAUUGGUGAACACAUGGAUUGUAAGUUCAAAUAAGAAUGUGUUUCAGUUUA